GCCGCAGCCCGGCCCCGCCGCAGGCUGAGCGGCACCGCGCCCGCCGCCGUCCGGAGCCGCCGCCGGACUGGCAGCAAGGCAGAGAGGGUGAAGACACCCGCAGCCCGAGGGGUACGUUGGAAAUCCUUGUGAAGAGUGCGGAAGCGGAGCCUGUUGCCUGCGUUGCUUGAACGGAGACACCGGCUCUUUGGUUUGGGCUUGAGAAGCUUCCCGAGGAUGUUGCCGGAGCUUCAGGAGUGAUAACAACUAGCUGGGAGCUGAACUGGGGGGGAAAGAAAAGAAAGGACAGCAGAGGAAGAAUUCUUAGCUGAGAUGGACUUGAAGCUUUGCUUUCAUUUCACAACAUAAACGAUGAUGCAUAUGUUUUUGGUAUACAGUGUAACAUCAAAAGAGAACUAGGUUCUGCAGUGCAAGAAUCAAUAGCUUAGUCAUUUUACUUAAAGGGAGCAGGCAGCCUUCUUAUGGGGUUAGGCAGCAAAAACAGAUUUAAUCAUGAUGUGAUCUUAUCUCAUGAUAGUCUCUAACUGUUGUCCUGUUCUGUAGAGCCGAAAAUGCUACUUCCUUCCUUCUUUCUUAGAUGAAGAAGUAAACUCACUGAAUCAAAUUCAGAAAGAAAUUUGGUUUGGCUGUACAUGGCUAUUAAACACCAUCCUGUUCCGUGGUCUUGUGAUAAAGGAAAACUGCAUUAAAGUGGUUGGUGAUGAAUAUGUGUUUAAGAAAGAAGAAAAAGCAGUAUUCCUUUCUGAACAUGGUAAAGCAUUCUGAAGUUACACAUUUCCCUCUAACCACUGAUUUGGCAUGGAUGACAGGAAACUAUCUCUUGACUAACCUUUUCCAACUGUACAAAAUGCUGCAUAUGAAGAUGCUUUAAUCCGUAUUAAAAGAACUUGGAUUUUUAUCAAGGCAAACUGUUGGCAUUAUCAUACGGUUUCUGUAUACUGAUUACUUUAAUGCUUUUUAAGUAGCAAGUGAGGCAUAAACGGAUGGACAUGUACCUAGAAAACCCUGUGAGAAGUCUUUUUUCAGAUCCUGGGAAUUUUUAUUUCAGUGGAUUACAGUGAUUCUUGCAGUAAUCCCUGCUGUUAACUGGUCAUGCAGUUGUUCUGGAAUGCAUCUAUGAAUACCAUCACAGAUAAAGCUGUCUGACAAGGAAAACACUAAUGUUGGAAGAUCUGUGAACAUGAUGCAUGUGAAUAAUUUCCCCUUUAGGAGACAUUCAUGGAUAUGUUUCGAUGUGGACAAUGGUACAUCAUCGGGACGAAGUCCCUUGGAUCCCAUGACGAGCCCUGGAUCAGGGCUAAUUCUUCAGGCAAAUUUUGUCCACAGCCAACGUAGGGAGUCUUUCCUUUACCGGUCAGACAGUGACUAUGACCUUUCUCCAAAGUCUAUGUCCAGGAACUCCUCUAUUGCCAGUGAUAUACAUGGAGAUGACUUGAUUGUGACACCAUUUGCUCAGGUGUUGGCCAGCCUGCGUACUGUACGGAAUAACUUUGCUGCGUUAACCAAUUUACAAGAUCGGGCACCCAGCAAACGGUCACCAAUGUGUAAUCAACCAUCCAUUAACAAAGCAACUAUAACAGAGGAAGCCUACCAAAAGCUGGCCAGCGAGACCCUGGAGGAGCUGGACUGGUGCCUGGACCAGCUGGAGACCAUCCAGACGUACCGCUCCGUCAGCGAGAUGGCCUCAAACAAGUUUAAAAGAAUGCUCAACCGGGAGCUAACUCACCUGUCUGAAAUGAGCAGAUCAGGCAACCAGGUCUCAGAAUAUAUAUCGAACACAUUUUUAGAUAAACAACAUGAAGUUGAAAUCCCUUCUCCAACACAAAAAGAGAAAGAGAAAAAGAAGAGGCCAAUGUCUCAGAUCAGCGGGGUCAAAAAAUUGAUGCACAGCUCCAGUUUAACCAAUUCCAGUAUUCCCAGGUUUGGAGUUAAAACAGACCAAGAAGAUGUUCUUGCCAAGGAACUAGAAGAUGUGAACAAGUGGGGCCUUCAGGUUUUCAGAGUAGCAGAGCUAUCUGGAAACAGACCUUUGACAGUCAUCAUGCACACCGUUUUUCAGGAACGAGAUCUGUUAAAAACAUUUAAAAUUCCAGUGGAUACUUUAAUAACUUACCUGAUGACCCUAGAAGACCACUACCAUGCAGACGUAGCAUAUCACAAUAAUAUACAUGCAGCAGAUGUUGUUCAGUCAACCCAUGUCCUGCUAUCAACCCCGGCAUUAGAGGCAGUGUUCACUGAUUUGGAGAUUCUUGCAGCAAUUUUUGCCAGUGCAAUACAUGACGUAGAUCAUCCUGGGGUUUCAAACCAGUUUCUUAUCAACACAAAUUCUGAACUUGCCUUGAUGUACAAUGACUCAUCAGUACUGGAGAAUCAUCACUUAGCUGUGGGCUUCAAGCUGCUACAGGAAGAAAAUUGUGACAUUUUCCAGAAUUUGACCAAAAAACAGAGGCAAUCAUUGAGGAAAAUGGUCAUUGACAUUGUGCUUGCUACAGACAUGUCUAAGCAUAUGAAUCUUUUGGCUGAUUUAAAAACUAUGGUUGAAACCAAAAAAGUGACAAGUUCUGGUGUCCUACUUCUUGAUAACUAUUCAGAUAGGAUUCAGGUUCUUCAGAAUAUGGUGCACUGUGCAGAUCUCAGCAAUCCAACCAAGCCACUCCAUCUCUACCGCCAAUGGACAGACAGAAUAAUGGAGGAAUUCUUCCGCCAGGGAGAUCGGGAAAGAGAGAGAGGAAUGGAGAUAAGUCCCAUGUGUGAUAAGCACAAUGCAUCUGUAGAAAAAUCACAGGUGGGUUUUAUUGACUACAUUGUUCAUCCUCUGUGGGAGACAUGGGCAGAUCUUGUUCACCCGGAUGCCCAGGAUAUCUUAGAUACACUGGAGGACAAUCGAGAAUGGUACCAGAGCACAAUUCCUCAAAGUCCCUCUCCUGCACCUGAUGACCAGGAAGAGGGUAGACAGGGCCAAACUGAAAAAUUCCAGUUUGAACUAACACUGGAGGAAGAUGGUGAGUCAGACACUGAAAAGGACAGUGGAAGUCAAGUAGAAGAAGACACCAGCUGCAGUGACUCGAAGACCCUUUGCACCCAGGAUUCAGAAUCUACUGAAAUUCCUCUUGAUGAGCAAGUAGGGGAAGAAGUAGAAGAGGAGGAGAACCAGACAGAACCUUGUGCAGUAGACCAUUCUCCAGACACAUAACAAUGAGGACGUAGCCUAUCUCUUUCUUGCCCUCUCCCUUUUUCUUCCUCUUUCUCUCUCUCUCUUUUUUUUUUAAUUAGGUAAUGGUUUCUAAAGUGUAUGUCAUAUGCUAUCACCAUGAUCACAACUCACUGUCAUCGGCCAGGAUGUUGGUUGAUCAAAACUGACCUUGGUGACUCAGUUUGGCACUCAGGAAUAUUGUAACCAGAAUCUUCACCUCCAUUGCAUCAGAAAGCAGGGGAGAGAGCAUCGAUAAACUAAGCUCUCCAUUUCGCUGAUUUGAUUAAAUUAAGCAGAUGUUUUCACAGGAGUACCACCUGCCAACUGAAUGCUGGUAUGCUUUGGUAGUUUUUCAUUUUAUUUUACUUCACAAGCUAAGCUUUGGAUAAUGUUCAUCAUCGGAGGAAACAGACAGAAAAUAAACUGAGGUUCCUGCUGGAAAACAAAUGCACAUAAACGAUGGGACACAACAUGAAUCUGUAUAACACGAAUCUGUUACCAAUAGGAAGAUGAGCUGUGGAAAUUGCAUAAUUUUCUAAUUUCAAGUCUUCCUGAUAAGUGACUGAAAAAAGUGUGACACGGUGGGUUGCACUAAACUCUGCAUUUUGUAUAAUAUGUAAAAGUGAUCUUUUGUAGAGCUUACUUCUAUUAUUAAAUGUACUGAGGUAUUAUAUUUAAAGAAAAACACUUUCAGAUUUCAUCACAUUUUUUUUUUCCAAAGAGUAACUUGCAAGUUUUCAGUACAAAUCUGUGCUACACUGGAUAAUACUUCUAGGGUUUUUUUUCUUAUUAUUUUGCACCUUAGAAUUUUGUGGUAAUAUUAAGCUGUAAAAGUCUAUUCUUUUCUAUAUUAAUGAGUUCCGUGAAUAUCCUUUAUGCUACCUAAAACUUAUUCAGUAUGAUGGCAUUUUUUUGUUGUUGUUUUCAUUAUAAUGUUCCCAAACAUAUUAGAGGAAGUUAAGUUUUGCUGUUGUCCUUAUAGUGGCCUGAUCCUGUCAGUUCUGUUUUACAACCAAAAGUGGUCCUGUUGAUAUCAGCUGGACCAUUAAGAUUAAGAUUUGCAGGAGUAGAGCCAGUAAGAAAGAUAAUGAAUUGUCUCUUUAAUAAGAAGACUGCUCUUGUGUCUCUCUGAAACACGAUUUUCAGAUAAUUUUGUGCCUGGGAAAUGUAGAUUGCUAAAUCAGCACAGGCUAAUACAGUGUUUGGAAUAUUUAUUUUGGCAAAGGAAGCAUUGCUGUAAUGUUUCCAGUUUUGACUCUUUUAGUAUUCUUUUUUUAUCUGGCAGCUAUCCAAUGAAACCAUUUGCUAAUCUGUGACAUACAUACAACAUAGAAAUCAUGAUUAGCAUUACUGUUGUCAUGUUUUCGUUGCCAGAGGAGCCAGAUCCCUCUUUUUGUGUUAAUACUUCUAAGUAAAUGAGGAAUGCAUUCGGAGAAGAGGGGUAGUUUACAUUAUUGUAAUCUCAGAUCUUUUCAUUCUGUAUAGAGCUUGUGCUGAGGGGAAUCCCACUUUCAAGUUUGAUUGAUUGGUACUGAAAGCUUUGGUUAUUUGGAAAGCUAAGUGGAGUUAGGAGCUCAUAUUUGUCAUUUUCCUGUCCUGUUUGGUCACAUGAAACAAAAUAACUUCAUCUGCACUGCUUUGCACUUCAUUAAAAUUGUAGUUUUAACUAGGGAAAGAGUUGCCUAGAGAAGGAGCAGACUCCCACCGUAUCAAGGUGAUUUCUUAACAAGAGAAAAUAUUGUCAACAAUUAUUUCCCAUUUGAAUUCAUUUUGUAGGAAAAUUGCAGAUAUAAAUACAGUUGUUUAUUUUUAGAGUGUCUGAGAUGUAGAAUAAGAACUUGUUUAAAAAAUAUUGGAUAAUAAUUCAGCUUUUAAAUGUAUUUUGCAUUCUCCUUUAUCCAGGUCAAAGUUUUCCCUACCUUUAGCCCUCACAGGGCUUUAGCACAGAUGAUGCUGAAGGAGGAAAGAGAAUGAAGAGAACUCAUGUUUUUUCAGGUUUUGACUUUUUUGUUCUUCAUCAUUUCUUCCUGAACCUGACUCACCUAAAAGUCCUCUCAGUCCCCAAGAGUGCCUGGAACUUUAAUAACGGAAAAGCAAUAGAAAUUCGAAAAUAACCAAUAGAAACCUGAAAAGGUUUUGUAUCUGCACAAAUUGAAAGUAAAUGAAGAGAACAACAACGUAUUGUGAGAUAUACACCCAUACAUAUGGACAGUCACAUAACAGAAAAUGAUAUCAUUUCUUAGAGAUGGGGAUAUAAUGCACUGUACAAUCUUUUUUUUUCCUCUUUUGCCAAAGUGUGUUUUAGCGUUGCGCACUGCUUUAAAACAAUACAAUUUACAAGUGGCUUUAUGUGUUCUAAAUAUUUUUGCCAUAAGAAAAUGCAAUGAGUUGGCUAUUGAGUGUGGGGGGCGGGGGGGGGGGAGGGGGAGAAAAUUCACAUUGCUUAUAACAGUAUGCUUUAGCUUGCAAGUUACUGUACUCAAUAAUGCUGUGUUUGAAUUUUUAAUUGUUUUGUGUCAUUGUUAAAAAUUAUAGUGAAAGGAUAUAGGUAGAACAAACAGCAUUCAGAAGCUUAAAAAACUUGAAUGAAAUGGAUUUUACAGAAAGCUUUGACAAUUCUUUUAAAAUGCAUUAUUUAUUUUAUUUGUGCCAUGCAUUUUUCUCACCAAAUGACCUUACCUGUAAUACAGUCUUGUUUGUCUCUGUUUACAACCGUGUAUUUAUUGUAAUGUACAUACUGUAAUGUUAAUUGUAAAUUAUCAGUUCUUAUUAUAACAUCAUCCUUGUCUGGGUGGUGUUGUUAUAUUUGGAAACUCUUGGUGAGAGAAUGAUUAUUGUGUAUACAUAUUCCUUGUACAUUUUGUUUCCCCUGUAAUAUAUGCUGUGUCACCUUAGAGCUUGUUUAUGGAAGAUUCAAGAAAAGUAUAAAAUACAUAAAGAUAUAUCAAUAAAAUUAAAAAAAAAAAAAAAAAGCUGCAGGUCUUUGGUCCCAGGGCUGUGCCUUAACUUCAAACAAUAUUUUCUUCUGUUUUGCUGCAUUUGAAAGUAAGGUAGCUUUGGGGAUAGGGCUGGGCAUAUCUACCGUAUUUUUGUUUGCUAGCUGAUGUGGUUACUUGUGCGAGCUAGUUUGCAUGGUACUACAGAGAGCUUUCAUUCACAAACAUGCUGGAAGUUGAAGCUUUUCCAGACUUCUGGCAAUAUAAUUGUAUUGCCUCUCUGAUUAUCUUUUUACAGGCUAUCAUCAGGGAUUAUUGCAGCCAUUACUUGCUACUAAAAAAACAAUGAUGCUGUAUUUCAGUACUGAAUUGUGCUGAACGAGCUUUGGAAAGCAUUUCUAAUAAGCAUUUGAUUUUAAUGCAUAUUUGCAAAUGAAACAAAUGGAACUAAAUGGGGAUAGCUCAUACACUUGCUUUUUUAACAGUCAUCUAAUACUCUUUAUUUAGUAGCACAAAUUACCACUAUAUAAGCAGAAUCAAUGAAGUAGGACAAAAGACAGCUUCAAUCUUGGAAAUGCUUUCCAACACUAGUAUUAGUGUUAUAAGCAGCCAAAGCUUUUAUUUUGUAUAGAUGUAUGUAAGGCUUUGUACAGGUGUGUAUAGCAUAAUGCACUAGAUCUAUAGGAGAACGAUAGACCUUUAGAUCUUUUAAUAACACUAGUAUUAGGUUUGCAGGUUGGACUCUGAGCAUCUCUUGCUGUUUGAGUAUCACGUUGCUCCAAACUGUGUAGGACUGAUAGCAAUGAAUUUGCCAGAGCAAGGUAAAUACCUCUCCUCAUUCCAGUGAUGCCCAGCCCCUGUAGCAUGCGACCUUUCGUUAAAAGAGGAGAUUCUUUUUCAAGGGAAAACAGAGCCUCCUUUUUGACACAAACUGUAGAUUUUAGCAGCCCUGGCCCAAAGGAAAUGGAUUGCUUUUGUUUUAAACAAUAUAAAAGGGACACUAUAACAACAAAAAUCCUGAACAACUUUUUGUUAUUAAUUUGGGGAUGUCUUGAGAGUGGCAACUUGUGUGAACAUUGCACAUGACAAUUCUUUCACUGGUUUCUUAGCCUCUCUUACAGCCUAUGGGAUAGUACUGUACAUCAAUACCUUCAUAUGAAAUUUUUAUAUGCAAUGGAAAUAAAGCAUGUGUUGAUUCUGCCUAGUUACCGUA